AAUCAAUAAAUCGUCACUUAAUUUGUGAACAGUUUUUAUGUGAGAAAAAGUGUCGCAAAUAUUGAACGCAUUUUCAAAACAAAACACAAAAACAAUUCACAAAUAAAUACAACCAAUGGUUGACUGCAUUGAAGACAUCAUUGAAGACAUCGAUGUCUAACCGAAACCAAUGGCCGACGACUGCCAACAAUGGCCUCAAUUCGGGUGCCAUUCAGUAUCGGCUCAACUCUGGGCAGCGAUUGGGCGCCAAACUGAAGAGCAGAUCCCGCGUGGAGUCCUCGCAACAGCAGUUGUGUUCAUACGUCCACCGCAUAUGUCUUCAGAACCGUUUGGAAGGAUUCAGUUAUUGCAUCCGUCAUAUACUGGAGGACAGGUCCGCGCCAUUCAGACAGUGUUCGUAUAUUCAUCCGCAGUCCGGCAAACGGUGUCCGAACGCCGCCAGACGUACGGAACGCCGGGACAGCACUCUGUGUCCGUGGCAUCUCAAGAAGCUGUACCUCAAGCGCAAACAGGCGGCCAUUCAACAGAUCCGCAUUAAGUGCGAAGAACACCACAAACGCAACGAAGAGUUGCGCCAAUUGAUGACCGAUUUGGAGCACUUCUGUCCCAACACUGGCCACGACUCGCGACGGCUGGCACUCGAUUGGGUACAACUCGACGACCAGAGCGUCACUGCCAGCGAUCACUUGCGUAAGAAAAUGGCGGAAUCGGUGGCCAACUUGAGCACCACUUUGGACGGCGACGACUGUCCGCACUCUAUGGUCGACGACGUGUUGCGUUCCGAUCCGUUGGACUCCGACUCGGAGUCUGUGGACAGCAAUAACGAGGAACCGCUGAAACACGCGGGCAUUUACGCCGCCGAAGAGGUGUCACUGAUAUUACGCGAGAAGAUGUUGAGACUUCAGUCCCUAUAUAUCGAACAAUUCAAACGAUUCCAGUAUUUGCUGAAAGAGAAGAAGAAAAAGUAUUUGAUGUCUUUGGGACACGAGAAGGACAUCCAAGGAAUUAAGAGUAUUUCGCAAACGAUGUCACAAAACAAUGGUCUCAAACAGGAGAGAGAGGACUACCAGAAGUUGAAGGCUUUGUGGCGAUACCAGCGAACGCACGGCGCGGAAGCGCUACUCAAACAGCAAUCUAAUGAGAAACGAAAGGCUGUCGUUGAGGGCACUCACUAUAAAGCGCCCACUUUUGCCGUCUGUAUCUUCGCUAAGGGAGACGAGGUCUGCACCGAUAGGUCACUACCGCUCUCUCAUUACUGUCAAAAACAUAUACUAUACGAUGUGAAUCAAGUGCUGUUCAGACCGUGUGCUUACGUGCAGAAGAACAGUGACGGCCACUGCUCUCCUCCCUGUCUGACUCCUGUCAUCUCUUUUGUCCACAAGAAUACAUGUGUUCAACACAAACAACUCAAGACUGACAGUAAAGAUAUCGACAAUAUAAUGGAGCAGAACGAAGAGGAGUCGAAUCAAUUGGAAUCACUGCCGACUGAACCGGAAUUGUUUCAGACAAUGGACGACAUCGCCUCUCUAGGUCUCGAUGCUGUCAAUCCUUCCAAUCUGUUUAGUUUGGAUCAGUUCGGAGAACUCGAGUCCACAGAUCUAUUGAAUUGAUCUCUUUGUCUAUUUCACCACUAAUUCAGUGUUUACUGCAAAACAAUUGAAUUUCAUUUAAUUAUAUUUUAUUGUAACGAUUCAUAAAAUCAAUUCUAUAUUCACUUAAUUUAGAAAUUAUUUAAUUAUUGCACUAAAAAAAUAAAAAUCUUAUUUUACAAUAUA